AUGGCUACGGUUGAUUUGCUGACCAACAGCUUUGUUGGUAGUGUGGAGCAUGCUUCUGAGUUGUACCUUCUUGAUCGCUACCGCGUCGGAGACGGGUCGUUCGAAUACAAGAACUGGCUGUUCCCCGAUAAAACGAUCGAUUUGCACGGAAAGUCGAUCCGAGUGGCUACAUUCUACAUCAAUCCACACAUGUUGAUCAAAGAGGCCAAGAAUCGAACUUUCUCAAUGGAUGGCCUUGACGGUUUCAUUCUGGUGGAGUUUUGCAGGAAGCGUAACUGUACGAUUGAGUUGAUCAAAGAUGAGGCCAUGUGGGGUGACAUCCAACCGAAUAGGACUGGAAAUGGAAUUUUGGGAAAUUUGGUGGAACGACGGGCUGAUGUUGGUGUUGGAGCAUUAAGUAGCUGGUAUCAUUGUUAUCAGUAUUUGACCUUCUCCACGCCUAUCCAACUCGGAAUUGUUACUUGCCUUGCACCGAAGCCCAACCUUCUCCCGCGUUGGACUAUGCUUACAAUGGGAUUCUCGACAUCCGUUUACCUGACCAUCUUUGGCACGUACUGUAGUGUUGUGUCGAUUUACAUGUUGAUAGCACACUUCAUGAUGCGCAAAAUCCAGAAGAGAAGCGUCGCCUGGAAUAUACUCAAUGUGCAUGCCAUCUUCCUCCUGCAGGCAACCAACGUUCGCAAUCGAUCGGCAUCGGAAGCCAUCUUAUCAUUGACACUGUUGCUGUUUUGUCUGAACCUGGGUAGCAUCUAUUCCGGAAAAUAUGCCAGCCUACUAACCGUACCUAUGUACGAACCCACUAUCGACUCAAUGGUUGAUUUGUCUGAAAGUGGAAUCCCUUGGCUGCAGGCUCACGAGGCGUGGUCUUUCUCUUUGGUUCUAUCGAAAAAUCCCACAACAGUGAAAUUGGUCUCCAAUUUUCGGGUUUACCCUCCAUCGGAGCUCCACCGAAUCGCCGAUGACGGUGGAUCCGCCUUUGCCAUGGGAAGACUACACAAUGGCCAUCUGAUGCUUGGCAAUUGGAUCACGGCGGACAAUAUCCACAAGUACCGACUGAUGAAGGAAGAGUUGUACUACGAACACGAGGUUGCGAUGGGCACCAAGACGUGGCCGCUGAUGGAGGCGUUCAAUGAAAUUAUAGGCCAGAUGGCCAGUGCACAGCUUUUGAUGGCUCAGGAGCUUCGGAUAAUUUAUCAGUACAAUGAUUAUUACGUUCAAACGGUUGCCUUAAAUUCUCAUAAACAAACGGCGAUAGCACCGAAGGUGCUGGGUCUGGAAGAUAUUCUGAGAGGGUUAUUUGUUCUUGGGCUUGGACUGCUGUGUGCUGGGGCCAUGUUUGUAUUGGAAAGCAUGCAUGUGCGGAAGUCACAUGCUGAUCAGAUCAGGUUUUCAAACGGUCUGUAG